UGUUAGGGAUGUUCCUGAGCGUCUGCAACCAGGCUGACCCUGUCGAGUAGAAUCCGCACCUGACGACCUGGAGGCUGUACGUGAUCGGCUAGCGCAAGGAGCAGCCGCUUCCAGGGUUUCACGCGACCGGUUGGACUCUUAGCUCUGAGUCUCCGCGUGACCGUUGGGUCCUUCCUGCUUCAAGUGGGAAGUUAACUUUUGAGUCGACUAAAAAGUCCCUCGCCAUGGCGGGUGUCUUACGGCAGGGACAAUUCUCUCCUUGCGUAUCGACCGACAUUACUCAGCCAAAGUCGUCGCGGUGUAGCGCGUUGGUCCCUUCGUGCGAGCCAUUGCGAGCUACCGCCAACGUUCCGGCACUAGCGCAGUCGCUGUCCAGAGCACAGAGGCCGCGUCACUCAAGCAGGCGGAGUCUCUUCCCGGCUCUGCCCCAUCGACAAUUCGCUACCAGGAGGACGCCCAGCAGCAGCAUCAGGCUUCAGGUGGUCGCCGUGGGGUCUGCCGUCUCCGCAGACGUCUCCAACGGCGCCGUGCGCGACGCCCAGCCGAGGAGCGCGUUGCCCGCGUCAGCAUGGGCGGCAGUGACGGAGGACGUGGCGGUGGGAUCACUGGCGACCACUGCCAGCCCGGCGGCCGUGCAGGCGCUCGUGAGGGACACGGGGGUCACGGCUGUCGUCAGUCUCGAGGAGGAGGGCAGCUACAGUGCGCGGGGCACAGGGUGGGAGGAGGAGAAGCAGCUCCUGCAGGAGGCGGGGCUGGUGGCCGUGUGGGUCCCCAUUCGAGAGAGCGACAGUGCAGAGCAGGCAGUGAUGCUACCACAGGCGGUGCGGGUGGUGGCAGCGCUGUCAGCCAUGGGCCACAGAGUGCUCCUGCGCUGCCCCUCUGCCGUCCGACUCUCCCCCCUCGUCGCCCUCGGCUACCUGGUGCUGGCCCAGGGCAUGUCGAUCAGCGACGCCCUGACGCUACUGAAGCACAGCAAGCCCAACGCCGACCCCCCCGCCAACGUGUUGAUUGAGGCGCGGGAGCGGCUGCUAGCGGGCAUGACGUCGCGGGUGAUAACAAUAGCAGAGGCCAUCUACCACACACGCUGCACCACGGGGCAGCAUGGCGACUCGCAGUCCGACUGGGCACAAGCCCAGGAGCAGUGCUCCAGGGAGGUCUUUGACAAGUGGCUGCUGGCUGACGUCAGCUUUGCCCGCUCUGUUGCUCAGUCCGCGGAGCACCAGGUGAGAUCCAAGGCACAAGAGGCAGAGGCUGCAGCGGCGGCAGUGGCAGGACGAGCAGCGGAGCAAGAGGAGGGCGAGAGUGCAGCAGGCUCCUUGAAAGGCCUCUUCGAUCCUUCCUCCUGGCUGCCUAAGCCAGACGGCAGCACUGACAGCAGUGACAGUAGCGGUGACAGCAGCAGCAGUGGCGGUACAAGCAACGGUGACAGCACUGUAAGCAGCGGUCUUGAUGUUACCACGGGCACGGGCCUUCCCUCCCUCCCGCCUGACUCUCCUCCCGAGCUCCAUGCAGCCAAUGCCAGGGUGGAAGCCCUCUCCGUUAAGUUGGCAGAGGCGCGCGAUUGGCUCGCUGAGCUGGAGGCGUCCAGCAGCCAGGUCAUGGCUGACGUGGCGUCACGGACGGCUGAGAUCGAAGCUCUCAAACGCAGGGAAGCCCUUUGGGAGGAGGAGCUGGAGGCAGCAAAGGUGAAGGAAACGGCCAUGAGGGAGCGGCUGAGGGUGAAGCAGACAGGAGGGGUGCAGCAGGUGCGUGCAUGGGGGGAGGUGGAGGAGGAAAUCGCAGCCCUGAAAGCCAAGGUGGCUGAAGACGACGAGAGGAACGCAGAGGCAGAGAGGGCGAUAGGGGAGCUCAGGGCGCAAGUGGAGGAGGCCAAGGGGCAGCUGAAGAAGGAACGAGCAGCAGCAGAGGAGGCGGAGGGGAGGGUUGCCGAGGCAAACGAGAGAGUGAGGGAGGAGGUGGAGCGUGUGGCGCGCGCGCAGGCGGCAGCGCAGGUGGCAGCGGAAGAGCGGAGAGCUGUGGUGCAGGAGCUGGCGGUGGUGCGCACGGCGAGGAAGGAGGAGGCAGCGCGGGUGGCGGCGGCGAGGAUAGAGCAGCUGGGGAGGGAGGCGGGGGAGCUGGUGGAGAGGCUUAAGGAGGCAGAGAGUGUGAGCCUGGCAGCGGACAGCCGUGCUGGGGCGCUGGAAGGACAGAUGGCGGUGCUCGUCUCGCGCACGGCAGCAGCGCAGCAGCGAGCAAACGCCGCAGCAAGCCGGGUGACGUUUCUGAGCGGGCGGUUCAACACGCUGGAGAUGGGCGCAGCAGAGGCCACGCGCAGGGCAGAGCGGGUGGAGAGGGAGGUGGGGUUCCUGAGGGACAGGGACGCCAAGGCGGCUGCUGCGGUGGCUGCCAACACCGACACUAUCAGUCGAUUGUCCCAGGAGGCAAUGCACCUCAAGGAGAGUGAGGCGCUUCACACCCAGCGAGAAGCAGACCUCUCGGCACAGCUGCCAGCAGCGCAGCAGCAGGGGGAGGAGCUUAAAGCCCAGGCGGCAGCGUUCUCCAUGCAGGUGGCAGCCAUGGCACGCCAGGUCACCCGGCUGAAAGCUGAGCUAGACUGGGUGGACCGGCAGGGGAGGAGCAGCAAGGGAGAGGGCGGCGAGGAGGAGGGGGAGGAGCAUUCCCUGAGAGCUCUCCCAGCUCUCUCCCUGGACUCGGACGCCACUGCUCUCGCACCGCUCGCUGCGGCAAUAGACACGGCGCACGGCAUGGCAGCUGCAGUUGGCGUGGAGAUAGGGGGGCAGGGGGGAGAGGGGCGGGGGGCGAACGGGGAGUGGGUGAGGUGGGAGCUGGGCGUGCAGUCGGCGGCGGUGGCGGCUGAGAGCGAGCUGGAGGGGCAGAUGGAAGAGGUGGAGGACCCCAUCGAGCUGCUCAAGCUACUAAUGGACCGAGUCUCAGAGGAAACCGCGGCCAUCACACACCGCAGCUCGCACCUGGUGGCGGAAACCCAGCAGCUGAGGCAGGCCCUGGACGCGCAGCUGGCCACUUUGGACCAGAGCACGCUCAUCGAUGGGCGGCCGCUGAGGGAGGUGGUGGAGGAGGUGGAGGCAGAGGCGGAGCAGCAGCGCGAGGAGGUGGUGCAACGGGCAAGGGUGCUGCAGUGGGCGCUGGGCGGGUCACUAGCCCUGGCGGUGGUGGCGCCCCUGGCUGUGUACAACGGGUACUACUCCGAGGCAGCCCGCUCCAACCAGAUCAAAACCCUCGUUUCCGAGCUGGACGCCGCCACACAGGCCACCAGGGACCUGGAGCAGCUCGCACAGGAGACGGAGGCAGACAGUGUGGAGGCCAUGGCGCGGCUACGUGCCAUGGAGGCAGAGGUGGAGGCGCAGCGCAAUGCCGUUACGCGGUUACAAUCCCUCGUCCCUCUCGUUGCCCCCUCCGUGGAAUCUGAUGAAGCUGCCCAGUUUUGCCGGUACGUGCCCGAGGAGUAUCAGUCACCAAUCACGGAGCAGAUUUGCGACGGGCUGAGGCAGAGUGGGAAGGUGGAGGCGAAGAGGGGUGAUAGGCCCGCAAGAAGCAAUGGGGCGGCACAAGAAGGGCGGUUUGUGUUCAAUAACCCGUUUAAUCUUGGCUGGAGGCGGUGAGAGCCCCCAUGGGCUAAUCCUUGGUGCUUUUUGUGGAAGAAGGGCAAGGGGGUACAGCGAGCUAGUACCUCUUCCACCCCCUUAUCAAUCCAUUCACUUAUCCAUCCCUCUCGUAUUGCAUGUCAGAUCUCUCUUUUAGUGUUAUUAAUAUUACAUAUUAGAUUUGUUGAGCAUCAUGCUCUUGCCACUGCCACCAUGUACAGUAGCAGCCGCCAGGCCCACUGUUACCGCCAGGGAAAUGCCCUGAGACCCUGGUUUCCAGGCUGUGGCUUUGUGUUGUACCCUAAAUCUCUUGCUGUAGUUUGCCCUGCUGUAGUUUGCCCUGCUGUAGUUUGCCCUGCUGUAGUUUGC